AUGCAAACUAAUAGUUCUUUGCCUCCAUCUAUUGAUCAGCUUAUGGAAAAAUCUUUAACAACUGAAAAAGGUAUGGGUGGGAUAGAUGGCCAUCCACCUGAUUUGGCGACUAUUUUCUUUAAGAUUCAUAAGAAAGAUAACAAACUCGUUGAACCUGAAGCAAUUGAAAAACAUGCUCAACUUGAGGAAAUAGUUCAAGAAGAUCCAUCUCUAUCUAGGAUAGAGAUUGUUGAAAAAUGUUGUGGACCACUAACUCGUAGCCAUGCAUUUGGAUAUGGGGGGACAUUAGCAAAUGGGAUGACUGUAGCUGUCAAAGUUUUCAAUGUGCAGAUGGAAGGCACAUUCCAAACCUUUAAAUUGAAUAUCAUUUUCCACGUUGCAUCUGCUUUGGAAUUUCUCCACCAUGGUUACUCAGUUCCAGUUAUUCACUUUGAUCUUAAGCCUAGCGAAGUGUUACCUGACAACGAAAUGAUGGGACACCUUAAUGACUUUGGCAUUGCAAAACUUCUAUGA